AUGGGGUUUCCUUUAGAAUUUGACUUUGAUUUUGACUUUGACUUUGAUUCAACGUCUGAGUUGCCUUACUUGUCCUCGCUGCCGCUGGAUGAUUUCAUGGACAUGCUUCAAGAUAGGUUCGCCGGUACCAUGGCACAAAACCCGCUGCACAAUCUGAGUCUCCGCCAGCUUGCUCGAGCCAAGCAAGACGACGAGAUUUUCAAUUUGUACUCCAAGUAUAAUUCAGCAGCAACGUCCACAGGGUCCAACGAUGCACAUAAGCAAUCGCCUACUGACUUGCAAACCAUGGGAAGAAUUUCUUCACAAAGCGAUGUGAACCAACGGGUAGCUGCAACUUCCCUAAACACAACCACAACCCAUCACGAUGAUGACUUUGGUGCAGAAGAUGAUGAAAUAAAGAUUAUCUAUGCAAGCAGCCAUUUAAACCAUGCCACAUACGACCCUUCUACUCUCCAUCAACAAAUUGGCGGAGCUCACAACCAAGACAUGAAAAGUUUAGCCAAUCACGCUUUACCACCUCCGCUACCACCAUCUCCCGCAACAACAAAAACAACAAGAGCGACAGAUACGACAGCAACUACAACUGCUGCUGCUGCUGCUGCAACAUCUCUCGACAGAAGCAAUAUUGGUUAUUCUCAUAAAGACGCUGCCUUUACAGAUGUUGAUAACAGAAUUGUGGUUGGUAGCAGCACGGCAUUCGACCCUAGCAGCGACAGCUUGACCAAUUAUCCAAUAGACACGACCCACAACCAUCACCACCUUCACUACCAAAACAUGAUGCAUCAUGCAAAUGAUACUAUCAAUUUUAAUUACCCAGCCCAUGUUAUUAACACCAAUCACUACCCUCAACAACAACAACCACAACAACUACUCCAUCAAAACCACCAUAAUAGCUACCACGCACCUGGGUCCGCCUCUUUGUUAUCAUCAUUACUAUCGCAACCACAGUCACAGUCACAGUCACGGACGCAGACACAGUACAAUUUCAACAUAAAUGCUUUAAGUUACACAUCGAGUGUAAACUUGGUAAAUUACGGUAAUUUCACUGAAGGCGAUAUCAACAGUUUAGUCGUCCCCAUAUUACCUAGCAGCAUCAAUAGUCGCACUCUGCAAAGCGACGGACCCGACUCCCAUUCCACCAUCCCCAAGAGUAUUGACAAUUCACCAUCAUCCAUUUCAUCCCUAAAUGACAUGGUUAGAAAAAGGGAGAAACUGAGCAGCAAAGAGGUUUCUUCAUCCAUGGUCCACCGAAUAGAUCCCCAAGAGGCUGCACCGGCGGCUAUUCUGUCGCCGCUGGUCUCGACUGAAAAAAUCAAGAGGCGGAAACACAAGAACUCCAAGUUGGGUUGUGCCAAGUGCAAAAAAAGACGCGUCAAGUGCUCGGAGGAUUUACCCUCGUGUAUCAACUGCAGGAAACAUAAAGUGAAGUGCUCGUAUCUCGACUAUACCGAGGAACAGUUGAAAGAGCUCCGAGAAGCUAAGCAGCAGAAACUCUUUUUGAAAUUGCAAAACCAGCGACAAAAGGGAGACUCUAGUGACUCGAAUGAAGACGAAGAAGAGGUGCUGACGACUCUGACGACUGUUACCGGAACCAGUGCGGGGAAAGUAAGCAAGCCGCGGUCGAGACGCCAAUCAACGUCGAUGUUGAACAAGGCGCAAGAGCCGUUGCCGCAACGACUAACCUUGACCAAGAAAGCCGUUAGCUCGAGCGUGAUUCCAUCCAUGGUGAAAACUAGAACCGAUGACGAAUUCAUCUCCACCACCACUAGGGACAACUUGAAACUCAAUCGAAGCAACUCUAGCCUAGUGGUGUUCAAGAAUUUUUCCAACAUUUUACCUACUGACGCCCAGAGUGAGCUUCUUUAUCCUGACUAUAGCAUGCAUGGAGGCUCUCCUGGCAUCGAAAGUCCAUAUAAGGUUGUGAGCAAUCCUCAAAUUCACGGGGUAUUGCAUAUGAAAAUGACAUUUAGUCACAAACGGAGAAGAACAAUCAACCACCAGAUUGAAUACAUGAAACGAAUGAAGGCGAUUGCUCCCUUGGUUAGAGACGGAACUGCCUCGUUGCCCCAAAUCAGAGACUUGUACACUCUGUGGCUCAAUUCUUUUAUAUACUUGGGCUAUUCCAGUGCGCUCAUGUUUAACUGCUUGUUGAACUUGAACACCAACUACUUGAUAACCAAUUGCUUUGGCGACUCCUACAAGUACUAUAGCAGUAACGGCGACGUUGCCCUGAUUGCACGAGGUAACGAAUUGGCCAAAGUCAGACAGGCAUUGUUUGUCAAGUCCAUUAAAUACUACGGGGAAGUUGUCAAGAGACUAAGAAGCAUGCUCAGCAAGAACGAUGACCCCGAUACAGCUGGAUCUGUGUCCUACAUAUUGAGUCUCAUGUCCGUUUACGAUCCCGAGAGCUCUUUAAACUCCACGAUAUGCUUUGUUGACGGAUUGUUUGGAGUGUUGACUUAUAACGUGCAGCUGCUGGCAACAGCGUUGAAGCCGCCGGUGUUGGUGCCCAUCUAUUUGAAGCUCAUGACCAAUAUCGCAAGAUCAAUCUACUUGCCCGGAUACAACCCUACCUUUUUGCAUGAGUUGCGACAUUUUUUGCGCCGGUUUGGAGAGAUUUUACUACCAAUGAUUGAAAGCGCUAGGCCCACUUCCAAUUCAAGAGAAUAUCUUACGCAUCAAUUUCUCGGUACAAAAUACCGCGAGCUUUACAAAUUCGUCAAUGAGGCAAUUGACAAAUAUAUACCUCGAAUCAAUGACAAUUUACACGAUAUGGACUUGCAGCGAGAGUUGCUUUAUGAGAUGAUACUGAAAUGGGUCAAGGUGUUUCCCGGCAAGUUUAUUGCCAGCAAGAAAGUGCAAGGUCCCAUUGAAAAAGUCUUGUAUUUGUUCUACAAGGCGUUUAAAAAGGCAUUCUUUGCCGUUUGUCCGCAAAUGAAGUUUUUCUUUCUUCGAGACUUUGAUAGUCCCUUGAUGAUGGACGUAUUUGCAAGCUAUGAUGAUUUUGACAUUUACAAUUACGAAAUUGAGUAUCCAAGCACGAAAAAAUUCAGCGAUGAGCUUUAUUAUCCACAUGUGGGAGAACUAAAGUACAUGGCCUCGUACUUGAUUCGACUCACUUCGUUUUUCCAAACAAGAGUCGGUAUACUCUACCGGCUUCAAGUGCUCGAUGCAUCAACGAGCAAAUUUGCACUCAAUGAAGCAAACCAAUGGAGGCACACUAUCCACAAUAUUGCCACUGUGAGGAAAGAAUUUGUUGAGCGUGUUGGGGUCAAGGAGAUUCAAAUCACCUCGUUUUUGGAGCAGCACAUUCGCAAGCUGAACUACCCGCAAAAGAUAUCUGGGUACGAGAUGAAUGCGGACGAGUUGAUUGAAAUUUCAAUUAUAAACGACGGCCAUGUCGAUCUAAUGAGCUUGCAAAGAUCGGGGUUGUUGAAAGGAGAUUCCGACAUUAGGUCACAGGUGGCCAAAUAA